AAAAAUUUUCUUUGGUUCUCUUUUGGUCAAGUAACUGAUGGUCAGUCCAUAAUUUUGUCGAAUUAAAGCCACUGAAACACGAAAUGUGGCGGGAAGCCAGGUUAGUGGCACACACUGAAACAUCAGUAAUGCCAACCACGAAUCCAUGGCGGUGACAGAUGGGGAAUAGUACAGUUUUCGUUACAGACAUAUUAUGUUAAUGUUUCAUGGAAGGCGGAGACAUAUCUUGGCUGGGUAUAAAUGCCCAAGAAAAUUCGUCCAUUAGCAUCAGUGAAGUUUGAAAGCCUGUGUUCAGCGUACCAUCUUCGAGACAAUAGAUCAGUGACGACCAAGUGAAACAAAGUUGAUUGAAGAAAAUGAAACGUGAAAUCUUUAAGGUUACCACUCUAGUUCUACUGGCUCUUUUAGCCCUACUUGUCAAAGGGUCUGAUGGAGAUUUGGCAGCUGAAACUAACACCACAGUUGCCAAGCUCGAAGAAAACUCAACUGGAUCGAAGACGAGCCUGCUGCAGGAAUCUGUUGGCGAAAAUGGCGAUGACGGAGAAGGCAGAAGUCUUGGGCUGUUGAAAUUGAAGCUCAAACGGACCAAAUCAAGUUACAAAGCAGCAAAACCAAAGGGCCAAUAUGGAGCCCCAAAGGCACAACAUGAAGCUCCAAAGGCACAAUAUGGAGCUCCAAAGGCACAAUAUGGAGCUCCAAAGGCACAAUAUGGAGCACCAAAGGCAGAAUAUGGACCACCCAAAGCAAACUAUGAAGCUCCAGAUAACAGUUCUCCCUCUGACAGUCCUCCUGUUCAGGUUUCUUCAUCUAACAGCCAUUCUAUUUUCAGUGUUGCUGCUUACAGGCCCCCCUCUUACAAUCCCCCAUCAUACAGUCCACCAUCUUACAAUCCUCCAUCAUACAGUGCCCCAUCUUACAAUCCUCCAUCAUACAGUGCCCCAUCUUACAAUCCUCCAUCAUACAGUCCCCCAUCUUACAAUCCUCCAUCCUACAGUCCCCCAUCUUACAAUCCUCCAUCAUACAGUCCCUCAUCUUACAAUCCUCCAUCUUACGAUCCUUUUGCCUCUUCUUUCUACAAGCCUCAGGAGUAUAACACUGCAGAAAAUUCUGGAGCUCUACAUGAUUCCGAUGCUCCUUACUCCCCCCCUGCUAAUUAUGAAGAAUCAGCAUAUCCUACACCUGCGUAUGUUGAAUCAACGGAUGACCAACAACAGGAUUACUCUCCGGAACACAACGAUGAUUCCUACGCUCCAGUUUCAGAGCCUGAAUUUUCUUUACCUUAUCAGCACGGUGAAUUUAAUUAUCCUGAAACUAACGAAGAUUCAGGUGAGGAUUUCUUUACUAGUAGCAAUGAUUUUCCCACAUUUAAUGAGUUUUUGAAACAAAACCCUUUCAACUUCCCAAAUUUUUAACAUAAAGUGGCAUCUGAUUUGAAACCUAUCGUAUUGCUAUGGAAUCCCAUAACGUUUGAAAAUCAAGCUUUUUCCUAUUUAAUAAUUGUUGAACAUUUAAACCAGUUAAAUAUUUAAUUCAUCAAAAGCUAACUUGGAGAUCUAGCUUUUGUGAAAUUUGAUCAUGUCUGCUCUUCAUAUUUUGAAAUUUAUGCUAGGAAAAAUGUCAUUAGUUUCCACUAGUCCGUUCCUUCGUCUAUUCACCAUUGCAACCCCUUUUUAAAUUAUAAUACCCUCCAAAUCCUUUGCUUUGUGAACUGA